GGGCUGUCGGCCGCGGGCGGAGGCGCUCUCUUGGGGAGUAACUCGGCUCUGGGUUCGGGUGCCGCGCAGUUCUCCCCGUCUAUAAGUUGGUUUUAAUUGGUUGCCCACAGGAUUGACGUGGCCUCUACUUCUAGUUAAGAGAAUACAUCUCUUGUUUUAUCAGGUGUGUGUGGUUUUAGCGCAGCAUGGCUAUGGUCAUCCGUUUGCAAGAUCUCCCAAUUGUGGCGGGGACCAUGGACAUUCGCCACUUCUUCUCUGGAUUGACCAUUCCUGAUGGGGGCGUGCAUAUUGUAGGGGGUGAACUGGGUGAGGCUUUCAUCGUUUUUGCCACUGAUGAAGAUGCAAGGCUUGGUAUGAUGCGCACAGGUGGUACAAUUAAAGGGUCAAAAGUAACACUGUUGUUGAGUAGUAAAACGGAAAUGCAGAAUAUGAUUGAACUGAGUCGUAGGCGUUUUGAAACUGCCAACUUAGAUAUACCACCAGCAAAUGCUAGUAGAUCAGGACCACCACCUAGCUCAGGAAUGAGUGGCAGGGUUAACUUGCCUACAACAGUACCCAGCUUUAAUAAUCCUUCACACAGUGUAGUUACUGCCACCACUUCUGUUCAUGAAAGCAACAAAAACAUACAGACAUUUUCCACAGCCAGCAUAGGAACGGCUCCUCCAAAUAUGGGGACUUCAUUUGGGAGCCCAACGUUUAGCUCAACCAUUUCAAGUACAGCCUCUCCAAUGAACACAGUCCCACCACCACCAAUUCCUCCAAUUCCAGCGAUGCCAUCUUUGCCACCAAUGCCAUCCAUUCCCCCAAUACCAGUUCCUCCUCCAGUACCUACUUUGCCUCCCGUGCCUCCAGUGCCCCCAAUUCUAGUCCCUUCUGUGCCACCCCUGACUCCACUGCCACCUAUGUCGGGCAUGCCGCCCUUAAACCCACCACCUGCAGCACCUCUGCCUGCUGGAAUGAAUGGCUCUGGAGCACCUAUGAAUCUGAACAGUAACAUGAACCCUGUGUUUCUGGGUCCACUGAAUCCUGUUAACCCUAUCCAGAUGACUUCUCAAAGCAGUGUGAAACCACUUCCCAUCAACCCUGAUGAUCUGUAUGUCAGUGUGCAUGGAAUGCCCUUUUCUGCAAUGGAAAAUGAUGUCAGAGAUUUUUUUCAUGGGCUCCGUGUUGAUGCAGUGCAUUUGUUGAAAGAUCAUGUAGGUUGAAAUAAUGGGAAUGGAUUGGUUAAGUUUCUCUCCCCUCAAGAUACAUUUGAAGCCUUGAAACGAAACAGGAUGCUGAUACGUUAUGUGGAAGUUAGUCCUGCGACAGAGAGACAGUGGGUAGCUGCUGGAGGCCAUAUCACUUUUAAGCAAAGUAUAGGACCCUCUGGACAAACCCAUCCCCCUCCUCAGACACUUCCCAGGUCAAAAUCGCCCAGUGGGCAGAAAAGGUCAAGAUCACCACAUGAGGCUGGUUUUUGUGUUUACUUGAAAGGGCUACCAUUUGAAGCUGAAAACAAACAUGUCAUUGAUUUUUUUAAAAAGUUGGAUAUUGUGGAAGAUAGUAUUUAUAUCGCGUAUGGACCCAAUGGGAAAGCAACUGGUGAAGGCUUUGUGGAGUUCAGGAAUGAGGCUGACUAUAAGGCUGCUCUGUGUCGUCAUAAACAACACAUGGGCAAUCGUUUUAUUCAGGUUCAUCCAAUUACUAAGAAAGGUAUGCUAGAAAAGAUAGAUAUGAUUAGAAAAAGACUCCAGAACUUCAAUUAUGACCAGAGAGAAAUGAUGUUAAAUCCGGAGGGGGAUGUCAGCUCUACCAAAGUCUGUGCUCACAUAACAAAUAUUCCAUUCAGCAUUACCAAGAUGGAUGUUCUUCAGUUCCUAGAAGGAAUCCCAGUGGAUGAAAAUGCUGUCCAUGUUCUUGUUGAUAACAAUGGGCAAGGUCUAGGAUAGGCAUUGGUUCAGUUUAAAAAUGAAGAUGAUGCACGUAAGUCUGAACGCUUGCACCAUAAAAAACUUAAUGGGCGAGAAGCUUUUGUUCAUGUAGUUACUCUAGAAGAUAUGAGAGAGAUUGAGAAAAAUCCCCCUGCCCAAGGAAAAAAGGGGUUAAAGAUGCCUGUGCCAGGUAAUCCUGCAGUUCCAGGAAUCCCAAGUGCUAGAGUGCCUAGUGCUGGAAUGCCCAAUGCAGGAAUGCCCAGUGCUACAAUGCCCAGUGCUGGAAUACCCAAUUCAGGAAUGCCCAAUGUGGGGAUGCCCAAUGCGGGGAUGCCCAGUGUGGGGAUGCCCAAUGCAGGGAUGCCCAAUGCGGGAAUGCCCAAUGCAGGAAUGCCUAAUGCAGGAGGUGAAGAGCAUGCCUUCUUGACUGUAGGAUCUAAGGAGGCCAAUAACGGGCCUCCAUUUAAUUUUCCUGGUAAUUUUGGUGGGCCAAAUGCUUUUGGACCACCACUGCCUCCUCCAGGAUUAGGAGGAGCCUUUGGUGAUGUUAGGCCUGGUAUGCCUUCAGUUGGAAAUAGUGGUUUGCCUGGUCUGGGACUGGAUGUUCCAGGUUUUGGAGGUGGACCAAAUAAUUUAAGUGGGCCAGGAUUUGGAGGGGGUCCUCAGAAUUUUGGAAAUGGCCCUGGUAGCUCAGGUGGUCCCCCAGGCUUUGGAAGUGGCCCUCCGGGUCUUGGAAAUGCCCCAGGAUAUUUGAGUGGACCACCAGCCUUUGGGCCUGGGCCCGGGCCCGGGCCCGGGCCUGGUCCAAUCCACAUUGGUGGUCCCCCUGGCUUUGGAUCUAGUUCUGGAAAACCAGGACCUACAGUAAUUAAAGUGCAGAACAUGCCCUUUACUGUGUCUAUUGAUGAGAUUUUAGAUUUCUUUUAUGGCUAUCAAGUGAUCCCAGGCUCAGUUUGUUUAAAAUACAAUGAAAAAGGUAUGCCUACAGGAGAAGCCAUGGUGGCCUUUGAAUCUCAGGAUGAAGCCACAGCUGCUGUCACUGAUUUGAAUGACAGACCUAUAGGCUCAAGGAAAGUAAAACUUGUAUUAGGAUAGCUAUUCAAAUCAAUUCUUUGUAGGGUAGCUAUUCAAAGUGUUGUGAUUAAUGCAUCCAGAUUGUUUUCCUAGUAUUUCCAGGUUAGAACCUGUGGAUUGUUUCUAUUGCAUAUAGAUUGGUUUUCAUAACAUAGAGCAUUGGUUGACUGUUUACAGAAGACUCACAACCAGGAUAAACAUUGCUGUAUGUUAUAGUAAAACUGUGUGGAGAGAACACAAAAAUGAUUUUGGCAUACCAUUAGAGAAACGAUUUGUAAAACUCAAAUGAUGACAUAAAGCUUAUCAAGGAGUCUAGAUUGGUUUUGUUUUGUACCAUAUGGGAUGAAGAAAAUAGAAUUGUCAAUAGAGCUCAUUAAGGGUGCUCUUGCCAGCUGCUGAAAAAUAUAAGUUGGUUACUCUUGGAAUUUGGUUUAAAGCUGGACAGAUUUGCUUUGUUAUAGGAUCAAAGCUUUGUCUAAAGUCUUUAUUUUCUUUUAAAAUUAAAUAAAAUCUCUGUAUACAGAA